CGUGCUGAAACAGAAACAUAGACUUAAGGUCUGUGACCAUAUAUCUAUGCCUGCUCAUGAAGAAAUGCGUCCCAGUCUUUUUUAUUAGCGUAUAUUAAUUGCACAUGAUAGUGAGUUUCACUACGAUAUUUUCAUAUAUGCAUAUAAUGUAUGUUGAUCAUAGUUACCCUCAUUCCCCCUUAUGCCCCAUUCUGGAUGAACCCUUUCCCCUUCCUAACUAGUCCCUGAAGGAGACCCCCCCCCCAGCACAGUAGGGGCUUCCUCCCAGGCCCUGGAUUAGCACAAACCACAUCCAAACACCUGCUUUCACAGAGAGAUCCUUUAUUAAGCAGGGAAAAAAAAGUUAAAGUGGCUGCUUUCAGUCUCAGGCAGAAAAAACAGCAGCCAAUGACCUUGCCCGUGUAACUUUUCAGAGGAGAAAAGGGGGAGGUCUUUUAGAAUCUGCUAGAAUGCAGUGGCAUAUUUUGAUUGGGCGUGUUAAUUAGGUGAACCAAAGGGGGCUUUUGAUUGCUGGACUUUGGUACUCAUCUCAGCAAAGAGCCUGGCACAGGAAAGUGUCCAAAUAAGGAAACAGACCUUGGUGGCUAGUUUUAGGGAUGUAAUCUAAUGAUUUUUAGCAAGGCAGGGGAAAAGGGGGAGAAGGGCAAGGCCAGACAGAGCCACAUGCUCGAGUGGGCUAGCGUCCCUUCAGUCACCUCUACCUGCAUAUGUAUGUGUGUCCUGAUGAGUUUUAACUGGGGUUGCUUACAGGAGCAUCAGCAACUUACCAGUGGCUACAUCGCUGAAAAAAAGUCUCACUCUCCUUCAGUUCCAAUGGCUCAGAAAAGAAUGAGGCUUUCUGAGCCUGUAACAAUCAUAUCCACCCCAGAUUCCUCCUUCCACUCCCCCAGAUACCUCCCAAUACAUAACCCUCUUCACUUCACGUCUUCUCUUGCUUGUUUGUUUUGUAACCCACUGUGUCCAGUUAGUGCUGCUUACUGGAAUUUUGACAGAUAGUGUUGGUGUGAUCUUGUGCAGGGAACACCAUAAGUGCAGGGAGUGCACGAAUAUAACAGCCAUGUCAUGCCUGUGUUGUGCCCAGACUUCUUGCCUCCCCCCCCCCAAGAGACCACUGGGGAACCGGAACUUGGAUGCAAAAGCAAAGUUUAUUCCAAACGAGACUACACACGAACUCUUCCUUUCACAUGUAUCUUGCUCUUCAGUUAAACCUUGUAAUUUAAGAGUCACCCAGAUAAAAGACUAAAGGGAUCACAGGGAACAGCUGAGACCAGAGUCCCAAAGAAAGAACAUUGAAAGAAUAGGCCUUAACAGUUUUAGAAACCUUGCUUUUGCAUCCAAGUCCUGGCUCCCUGGUGGUCCCUUUGGAGGGCAAGAAGUCUGGAAGCAGCAUUUCUCAGCACUACCUCUUCCUUUCACAUUUGCCACUCUCUCUUCCACAAUUCUUCCUGAGCUUUGAGGAGGUUCCUAGUUUUGGGGGGGGGGUUUGCUUUUUUUUUAAGAAGGGUUUUGGGGGUCAUGGCGACAGAGGAUCAAACCCCGGAUCUCAUAUGUACUAGGCAAGCACCUUACCACUGAGCAACAAUUCUAGCUGUUUGUCACAAUAUUAUCUCAAGAACCACACACACAGGGUGACAAUUGCAUCCGUGUGCUGAUAUGUCCAUGUGCAGAUUCAACGCUACACUACACACACACACACAUACUCGGGGGAGCAGGGGGGGGGGGGAUUAAAUUAAUCUCAGAAUGUCAGAGUGGAGCCUGCUUCCGUCUUUUAUCUAGAGAGGAGCUGACAUCCCGUGACAGAGAGUGCAUCACCCAUAGACAUGAGGUUGCAAAUCAAACAAGUGAUAGUUGUGGAUGCGGACUUGCUAGUCUGAAGUAGUUUUUGACCUGUAAAUCUUCCAGGUGGGGCUGCGAAUGGAGCUCGGUUGGUAGAGCACUUGCCUAUCAUGCACAAAGUUCAGGGUUCCAACCCCAGCACCACUUAAACCAAGCAUGGUGGCCUACACAUAUAAUCCCAGCAACGUCUAGAGGCAGGAGGAUCAGGAAUUCAAGUCCAUACUUGGCUACGUAACUGGUUAGUGAACAGGCUGGGCAUCAUGACAUCCCGUAUCAAAAUAAACAAAUAAAUAAAUGAUCUAUAGGGACCGGAGGAGGGUAAGGGUGUGAGCUGCAAGUAAAUGUGAGAAUGACUGACAGGAACGGGAAGUGACAGGAGCCGGAAGUGGCUGGCAGGAGUGGAUAGUGGGUAGCAGGAGUGGGAGAUGACCAAUAGAGGCCAGGAGUGCUUACAGAAGCAGCAAGGGGCAGUGGCCAGACUUCUUAGGUCAAACUUGAGUGAGGAUGAGGACUUGAUCGCUCCAAGCUUUAAACCACCUUAUGAGAGACACUCUGACCCAGCAGCCCUUAGGAAAUGCAUAUAUGCUACAGAGAACAGGACACCAUACUGUGUACUGAGAAUUGGGGCCCGGAUGGCCACAUGAGAGCUGGGGCAGGUGAUGCCAUCUGCCCUGCAGAGGGAUGAACCUGUAGACAGGAACUGUAUGGCAUGCCUGGGGACAUCCUCCAUCCUCCUGUUGGUCUUCAACAUUGCACUGGCUUCUUCUUGGCCCCAAUUGAGAGUCCUCAGGGCCCCGCAGGUUCACCAGACCAAGAAGGCUUCUUCAACCUGCUGAGCCACGUGCAGGGCGAUCGGAUGGAGGAGCAGCGCUGUUCCUUGCAGGCUGGUCCAGGCCAGACCCCAGAAAGCCAGGGUGGCCCUGCUCCUGAGAUGGACAAUCUCAUGGAUAUGCUGGCCGACACCCAGGGCCGCCGCAUGGACGACCAGCGUGUAACAGUCAAUUCCCUGCCUGGCUUCCAACCUAUUGGUCCCAAGGAUGGAAUGCAGAAACGACCUGGGACCCUCAGCCCUCAACCCCUGCUCACCCCUCAGGACCCUGCUGCACUCAGCUUCCGCAGGAACAGCAGCCCCCAACCCCAGACACAAGCUCCUUGAGAGUUCUAGCCAUCCCGGGCCCCUCACUGGCCCCUGAAAACAACAAUAAAACGCUUGGCACUAGUAAC